ACAUCAUCAUUAGGUAGUUAAUGAAUUACCAUUCAACUUAAUUUUUUGUCUUUUAAAUAAAUGCAUAUUGAAUUAUCUUUCAAAGAAAACAUUUCUAAUCAUUUAGUAGGUGAAAUAUCCACCAUACUGUGGAAGAUAGAGAUAGUUACUAUAUUACUGUUGGAAGCUUCUCUUUAUUAUCUUUAUGUUAGACAACAAUACUGCCUAUAUAUACAGUACAUGCAUUUUCACCAGAGAGGUAUAGUGUCAGAUAAUAACCCUUUAGCACCCUGACUGCUCAGUAGGCUUCUAUGGCAUGUUGCUGGGUCAGGCAUUUGCACAAUAGAAGCCAUACAUACUUUUUUCACAUUGAGCAAGUAUAAAAGUAACAGUUACCACCAACAGAAACACAAAGCAGCCACAGCUCAGUCCUGAGGAACAACCAAACAACCAUGACUAUGGGCAGGGUAGGUAGUGGAAAUGAUCCAUCCAAAGCAAAAAGUACACUUCAAUUUCAGCUUUACAAGGCUCUUAAUUAAUUGUUAUGGGAUAGUAAUUAAAAAUCUUAUUGGAGUACACUGAAAAUGGUACUGCUAUGUUUUCAGAUCAUCUUCUACGAGGACAGGAACUUCCAGGGCCGUCACUAUGAGACCAGCAGCGAUUGCCCUGAGCUGACCUCCUACCUGAGCAGGUGCCACUCCUGCAGGGUGGAGAGCGGCUGCUUCAUGGUCUACGACCGUCCCAAUUACAUGGGAAACCAGUACUUCAUGAGGAGGGGCGAGUACGCUGACUACAUGAGCAUGAUGGGAAUGUCAGACUGCAUCAGGUCUUGCCGUAUGAUCCCCAUGCACAGAGGAUCAUUCAGGAUGAGGAUCUAUGAGAGGGAGAACUUCGGUGGUCAGAUGUAUGAGCUGAUGGACGACUGUGACAACAUCAUGGACCGUUACCGUAUGUCCGACUGCAUGUCCUGCAAUGUGAUGGACGGCCACUGGCUGAUGUACGAGCAGGCCCACUACAGAGGCAGGAUGAUGUACCUGAGACCUGGAGAGUACAGGAGCUUCAGGGAGAUGGGAUACAGCGGCAUGAGGUUCAUGAGCAUGAGGCGUAUCAGGGAUUCUUGCUACUAA